UUUUUUUUUUUUUUUUUUUUUCUUAUUACCUACACUUUAAUUACACAUCACUUAGAAACAAUGACUAGUCGCGAAGGUACUCCCGAUCCUAACUUGUUAAAGACUCAAGACAAGAUGAACAAGAAUGAUAGCCCAUCAGCAGCUGAGUUAACCACAACAGAAAAAGAUACUGAUGAUGGCGAAAAGAUUUUAAAUCCUGAAGAUCUUAUUGAUAUGAAUACGUUUGAGCAAUUAUUAGAUAUGGAUGAUGAAGAUGAUCAUGAGUUCUCAUACAGUAUUGUACUUAAUUACUUUGAGCAGGCCGACACUACAUUUAAAGACAUGGAUGAAGCAUUAGAAAAGAAGGAUUUACUCGAGUUAUCUCGACUCGGUCAUUUUCUUAAAGGUAGUUCAGCCGCUAUUGGAUUAAAAAAAGUAAAGGCAACAUGUGAAAAGAUUCAAAACGUUGGUAACUGCCAAGAUGAAGAAGGAACAGGGGAAAUCGAGAAGGAAGAUGCAUUGAAGCGUAUCACACCAUUGUUACCGCAAGUCAAGACUGAAUAUUCAGAAGCUGAGGAAUAUUUAAAGAACUUUUAUGAAGUACAGGAUGCUCGAUAAUAGAUUUUGAAAUUAUUAAAUAAUAAUAAUAAAAAAAA